AGCAGGGGGAGAAAAGGGAUCUAGCCGUACAGAUGUUUAUUCACAACAGCCAUCUUUCUUCCUUUCCUCAUUCUCCCUUCUGCUCCUCCAAAAUCAACAGCCGGGUAUUUCUGUGCCUGCCUCCCUCCUAUCAUCCAGCAGACUUCUCUGUCAUCUCCGUGGUAUGGGGCUUUUUGCCUGGGAAAAGGGAGGGUGUGUGUCGGGAUGAGGUGGGGAGUUAGGCAGGAAACCACAGCAAGGGUGGCUGGAGAGAGGAAGUGCCCUCUAGUGGCCAUCACAGAUGGGGUGUACAGCUUGUACAAAAAAGCAUUUUCUUAAUCCCGGGAUCACAGAUUUAAAGCAGGAGGUGACCUUAGAGACCAUCUUGUCUGACUCCUUUAUUCUACAUAGAAAAUUGAAUCCCAGAGGGUUAAGUGACUUGCCUGAGGACCUGGGCAAUAAGUGACAAAGGCAGGAUUUAAAUUCAGAUAUUGAGAUUCCAAAGCUUUUACCUUUACUUUAUACUGUAUUAUGAUUGUCCCAUUUGGUCUUCCAAUCUGCUCUCCUUGAAGCCAGUCAAAGUCCUGAGACUCACAAGUCAGUUCAGUGGACAUAGAAAAGGACAAGCAGCAGAAUGUAAACUUAUUGGAGGCAGGGACUCUCGACUUUGCCCUGGUAGACUUUGCCCUGGUAGAAUCGAACAGAUUAUGGGUAUUGAAUAAAAAUGAUUGCUGAUUAGAAUGAAUUACAGCAUGGCAGACUUGGAGUUCAUGAAGUAGGGAAUGGUGAGGGUACAAACUGAGGGUUCCUUGACAUGGAUUUGUGCACUGGACUUGGCUUUUUUUAUAUAAAACUUAAUUUUUAUUGAAAUUUUUUAUUUAAUUAAUUGAUUUAGAAUAUUUCCCCAUGGUUACAUGAUUCAUGUUCUUUCUCUCCCUUCCCUCCUCUCCACCCCCCCACCCAGCCAAUGUGCAAUUUCACUGGGUUUUACUUGUGUCAUUGAUCAAGACCUAUUUCCAUAUUAUUGAUAAUUUGGGCUUGGCUUUUUGAUUGUUUGGUGAUCUUAGGUAAGGAGCUCACCCUCUCUGGAAGGGUAUCAAUGAAUAUGGAUGAUGGACAGGGACCAGUUGGCUACCCUAAGCUAUUAUCCCUUUGAACUGUCAGGAUCUGAUCAUCUGGGCUUCCUUCUCCCUCACAGUGAAGAUAUUGCCCCAGAGCCAGGAUAGGCCACCUCAUUUUACACGAAAAAAAAUGGAGGUGCACAGAGAUGUGGUACUUUGCCUAUUAGGAUCAUUCAGGUAGAAGCAGAGUUGGGAUGCAAACCCAGGCCCUUUGAGUACAAAUACUUCCACUCCCCUACUAUUCAUUCCUUCAUUUCCCUCCUUCUAUCCCCAACAUAGACACAUUCCAACUUCUCAGCCCUCCAGAAAUCCUCAGGGUAGGGUUCUCUUUUGUGUCUGAUUUAUUGUGGUCAUGUAGUUCCUCCUUCUGCUCCUAUGACCCUCCUCCCUUCACACAAGCAUACAUAUAGACAUUAAUAUUCAGCUCUUCUUCACACUAUGUUGGAGAGGGAUUGACUAGAGCUCCAUUCACCACACUCUGGAUAUUCUCUCCUCCAAGGGCAAUUUGAUUCAAUUCAAGGGUAGUGGACUAUUUUUUAAAUAAAAAUAAUUUGUAUAAAAAUGACAUAGAAAUUCCCAAUAAGAAGAGACCUGUCAAUGCAAAUAGGUGACUACCCAUUAUAGUUUUAUAAAGUUAUGUAGGAUGCUGAAAAAUUUGGUGAGAUCGAUUCAAUUCUUGGCUGGGAACAAAGGACUGAACUCAAGGACAACAACUUGGGGGAAGAGGAUAAGGGAUGAUUGGAGGAGGACCCAAAGUAUAGGAGGAAUUUCUAUCUAGAUAAGAAAGCCUAACUUUGCCUCAAUUUCCCUUAGUUAAUCUAGUAACUUAAAAAAAAAAAAGCCUUACCUUCCACUUUAGAAUCAAUACUGGUUCUAACAAUUGGUUCCAAGGCUGAGGAAUGGCGAGGGCUAGGCAAUGGGGGUUAAGUGAGCUGCCCAGGGUCAUGCAACUAGAAAGAAUCUGCAGCCAGAUUUGAACCUAGGACCUCCUGUCUCUAGGCCUGGCUCUCUAUCUACUGAAUCACCUAGUUGCCCCCCUAAUCUUUUUUUUUUUUAACCUUUACCUUCUAUCUUAGAAUUUUCAGUUCCAUGACAGAAGAGCAAUAAGGGCUAGACAAUGGGGGGUUAAGUGAUUUGCCCAGAGUCACACAGCUAGGAAGUGUCUCAGGCCAGAUUGAAUCCAGGACCUCUGGUCUCCUGGUUCUUUAUCCACUGAGUCACCUAGCUGUCCCUGAUGGAGGUGGGCAGUGAUGGGCAGUGAAAGAAAUGGGACCCUCAUGUUCUGAAAUCUUGCAUUUUUCACCAGUUAUCAGUAGUCAAGCAUAAAUUGCAAAAUCUGUAUUUUUAGAAUUAAGCAUAAAUUAUAAAAUCUGUAUUAUUAAUCAGUUAAUCAAUCUGUAUUAUUAUUAAUCAAUUAAUCACUCAAUGGUUUUAUACUGUUCUGUACAUCAGCUUUAUGCUGCUGUAUAUUAUUAAUUGCUUAUGUUUUUCUGUAUUUAUCUUAGUUCUGAACUGUUAGGCAUUAUUAAUCACCAAUAGUGGUAGUUUACUGUACUAUAUAUCCUUCCUAUGUUCCCCAUCUUUGAUGAAGACAUUCCAUAAGGGUAGUGAGACAUCUCCUACACUGGCAACUGGUGGCAGGUGGGACAAGAUUGAGUCUUGGGGGAGACUCAAUGGGACAUGUGCACUAAGGGCUAUGGCAGUCCAGGGGAAUCCCCCAAACCUGCACAUGUUCCUUAUUCCCUUUUUGGUGUCUUUAAAUUCACCUAUGAUGCAUCAAACCCCAAAACAUACCUCCAUCUGGAUUUUGUUAUUGUGAGAUGUUUAAGGUGAAGAGACAAGAGGUAAACAUCUAAAUAUUUUAAGUUUAUUGAUGGGGGAAAUGGGAUAGGUAUGAGGGUAACAAAGGAGAAGGAAAAUUUCUUGAUCUUAUCCCCAAACUAAUUUCCUUUAAUACUAUCCUAUUAGCUAACUUCCUAAACUAAAUAGGUUAAGUUCCCCCCAAACAGAACCUCACAAACUGAGUCCAGAAAUGGGCCAAGAUCCCAUAGGUAAAGUCCAAAUUAGGUCCAGUAGAGAUCUGAUGGUUCUUCUUUGGCCUUCAAUCUAGCUGCCAGCAGCCUGUUCAAAUCUCUCCUCAGGCUGGUAUCUCACAGAGGGUCAGAAAUCUUGUAGAAGGGUGGAAAUCACAGCUACCUCCAAAAGUUUCGGCAAGAAGUCUGGUUUCAGUUGGGACCACAACCUCUUGGAAUCUUGACCCAGGCUCUCAUGUGAUUCUGUGUCACAUGCUCCUGUAAAUCACUUUGCAGUCUUUCUUUGCUUACUACAAUUUGGACUUACCUUCUCAAUGCUCAUUUUCCAGAGUUUUCAAUCCAUAAUGCCUGGUAUGCCCAAGGGUGGGCUAUUCUGAGAAAAGGUAGAGAUUGCCCUGAAAUGGCAAUUUAAAAAAUUUGUCAGGAAAAGGCUUUCAGGCAGGCCAACAAUUCUUAAUUCUCUCCUGGAUUAUUUUUCCAAUGACAUAUUUCAAAUUUUCUUCUCCCCCCCCCCAUUCUUUUGACUUUGUCUGAUUAUUUCUUGUUGUCUCAUGAAGUUAUUAGCUUCCCCUUGUCUGUUUCUAAUUUUUAAGGCAUUCUUUUCUUUUCUAAAAAUUCUUUUAUUUAAUUAAUUACUUUAGAAUAUUUUUCCAUGGUUACAUGACUCAUGCUCUUUCCCUUUCCUCCUCCCUCCCCCUUCCAGAGUCAAUGAGUAAUUCCACAAGAUUUUAUUUAUAUCAUUGUUCAAAACUUAUUUCUGUAUUGUUAAUAUUUAUAAUAGAGUGAUCAUUUAAAGUCAACAUCCCCAAUCACAUCCCCAUCAAACCAUAUGAUCAAUUAUAUGUUUUUCUUCUGGUUUUCUAUUCCCAUAGUUCUUUCUAUGGACGUGGAUAGUGUAAGGCAUUAUUUUCUUGAGUGAACUUUUGUAUCUCCUUUUCCAUCUGACCAAUUCUACUUUAUAAAGAGUUCUUUUCCUCAGUGAAUUGAUUUUCCUACCUUUUUUUCCAUAGGGCCAAUUUUGCCUUUAAAAAAGUUCUCUUCAGGGCAUUUUGUAUAUCUUUUCCCAUUUAGCCAAUUCUGCUUUUUAAGAAAUUCUUCUCUAUAUUGGAUUUGUGUGCCUCUUUUAUCAAUUGGACUAUUCUAUUGUUGUUUUUUUAAGAUGUUAAUUUUUUUGGUAUUUUUUGUGCCUCCCUUCCCAAGCUGUUGACUCUUUUUUUAUGAUUUUCGUGUAUCAUUCUCAUUUCUUUUUCCAAUUUUUCUUCUACCUCUCUUGUUUGAUUUUUUAAAUCUUUUUUUUAGCUUCUCUAUUAAUUCUUUAAGGGUUUGAAAGCAAUUAAUUUUUUUUUCUUGGAAGCUUUAGUUGUAGCAGUAUUGAUUUUACUGCCUUCUGAGUUUGCAUUUUGCUCCUUCCUCUCAUAAAAAUAACUUCCUAUUUUGAGUGUUGCUGUUGUUGUUUGGUUGAUUUUUAGUCUUUUUCUUUUCUUUUAAUUAAAAAAAAAACUUUUUAGGGGGCAGCUGGAUGGCUCAGUGGAUUGAGAGCCAGGCCUAGUGAUGGGAGGUCCUAGGUCCAAAUUUGGUCUCAGAUACUUCCUAGCUGUGUUACCCUGGAUGAGUCAUUUAACCCCCAUUGCCUAAUCCUUACCACCCUUCUGCCUUGGAAUCAAUAUAAGACAGAAAGUAAGGGCUUAAAAAAAGCUUGUUUAAAUUGGGCUCUGUAACUAGAGUAGUGGGAGAAGUGUUUUAAGCUUUAGGGUCUUUGUGCAGCUGCCUUCUGAGUUGGCUCUGGGGUCUUAUCUGAUUUCAGUUCUUCCAAGGUGGUAUGAUGUAAGGAGGGGUGUAUUUAAUAUUCUCACAGCCUGUGCUCUGGUCUAUGAGUAACCACAAGCACUCUUUUCCCCCCAGAACUGUGACUAGGGUUUUCUUCUCCCCUGUUGCCACAAGCACUGAUAUCUUCAAAUGCUCCUCCUUACCCUGAGAUCCAGCCCUUGGACUGCUUUCUGGUUCUGCAUAUCAACAAUGUGACAAGAGUCUUAUACCCAGAACCAGCAAAGGCAUUCCUGUAAUCUUCUAAGCAGUUCUCCAACCUGCCACCCUUUUAGAGGGCUCUGGAAGCCUUUGCAGCUACUUCAGCUGCACCCAAGGCCUGUUGCCACCAUUGAUAGGCUUGUCCUGGUAUGCUAUAUUCCAUCUCCACUGUGAAGCACUAGAUCCUUCAUGCUGGCCUUAUAAGUUGUUUGGGGCUGAAAAACUACUUCACCUUGUCUUUUUGUGUGUUAUGCUGCUCCAGAAUUUUUUCUGAGGCAUUAUUAUAUCAUAGUUUUUUGGAGGGGAAUUUGGUAGAGUUCAGAUGGGUACCUUCUCUGCCAUCUUGGCUCCACACCCUAACUAUAGCCUACUUAUUAACAAAAAGUUUGACCAUUUGGAAUUCUGCUCCAAAAAUCAUUAAAUUAUCUAGUGAUAUCACUUUCAGGUCUCCACCACAAGAUCACAGAAAAAGGAGGACUUAUACAUACAAAAUUAUUAAUAGCAGCUCUUUUUGUACUUACUAAGCAAAGAACUUGAAACUAAGAGAAUGCUAAUCUACUAGAGAAAGGCUAAAUAAAUUAAAGUAGAUGAAUACAAUAGGAUUUUAUUACACCAUAAGAAAUGAGGAAAUGAAAGGGCUAAGAAAACUCUGGGAAGACAGGUAUAAACUGAUACAGAGAGAAGUGAGCAUAACCAGGAGAGCAAUUUAUAUGAUAACAUAAUAAAGAAAAAUAAUUUUGAAAGACCUAAGAACUCUGAUCAAUGUAAUGACCAAUAACAAAGACUAAUGAUGAAACAUGCCACCCAUCUCUUGACAAAGAAGUAAUGGACAUUUUUUGGAGACAGUCUUUGGAGAAUAGCUUAAUGCUAUUGCCCUUCUGUACACACCCAGAUCGAUGUUCAUCAAUGUGGGAAUUUGUUUUGCUUUACUAUGUAUACCUGACACAAUAACCUUCCCCCCCCCCCUAAUGCGUAGGGGAAAGGAUAAAGAAAAAAAGAGAAAAAGAAAGAAAAUUAAAAGAAAGAAAAUAAGAGCCACCAAGACAUCUUUUGUGGGGGCAGUUGGGUAUCUCAGUGGAUUGAGAGCCAGGCCUAGAGAUGGGAAGUCCUAGGUUCAAAUCUGGCCUCAGCCACUAUCCAGCUGUGUGACCCUGGGCAAGUCACUUGACCCCCAUUGCCUAGCCCUUACCACUCUUCUGCCUUGGAGCCAAUACACAGUAUUGACUCCAAGAUGGAAGGUAAGGGUUAAAAAAAAAUUUUUUUUAAAGACAUCUUUUGUGUGUAUGUGUAGAGAAAAAGAAUAUAAAGAAGGCCAAACAAAAGCACAGAAAACAAGAUAGCUUUGAAAGCUAUCAAUUGAAUUUAUAUACUUAAAAAGCAAACUAUACAAAAUAAGAGAGGAUUCAUGUGCCAUUCUUAUUUUUCGAUCUACCAGGUAUAUGGAAAUUAUGAUGUUUAAGUUCAGACUAAAAAUAAAACUUUUAAAAUUUAAGUAAUUGUUCCCAUUUCCCUCAAGUCAUCCUUCUUAAAUUCUUAAAAAAAAAACAAAACCCUAGCUUUACCAUUUAUGGUCUAGUAGAACAUGAACUCUUAUGUUGGUUCCCUCCCUAAAUGUGACUAACUCCCAUCCCCCACUGAGUUGAUGACAAUGAAAACAGCCUUGGAUAUUUAUUAUUUGCACUUGACACAAAAUAAGGGGAGGAAAGGUGGGGGGGGGGGGUGCACAAUAUGCGCAGAGGGGAGGAGAGGUAUGAUAUGAAAGUAUGUUGGCUUUCCCAACCCAACUACCUCUUACUGUUUAUACACAACAACUUGUCUAAAAGUCCAUGCCCCAUGGACCUCCCUGUCUCCUCCUGGGGAUGGAGGGGAAAGCUGAGGUUCUGAAGAGUCCCUCAGACUUAGACAGGGCUUAGAAUUCCCUGAGGGGAGGAUGCCAGUGAUGGUCAUACACAAACACCCAUGCUGGGGUGGGGAAGGCAUGGUUGGUGGAGUUGAUAAUUGAAUAGUCUCAGCUGGGCUGAUCCAGAGUCAGCAGGUAUAGAUGUGCUUAUAUUUGUGUAUGUGUUUUUGGACAUAAGAUGGAAUAGGGGUGGUGCAAAGGGGUGGUGCUUCAUUCAGGUAGGACCCAAAGCCCUCCUUUUAAAGGUAAGCUGCUUGGCUCCCUAAGUCAUCUCCAGGCUUAGGAACUCUGGAUCAGACAAGACCAAGUAGUUUGGUUGUCCUAAUCUGUUGGAUAAAUGAGGCCACCAGAACAAGAGCUUGAAAACCUGGGGGAUCCUGAGACUUCCCCACUAAGAGACUCAAGCACCAGCCAUAGCCCUACCCGUCUGGGUCCCCCAGAAGCAGAGGGAAGGAAGCAGAGAGGGGAAGGAAGUCCCUACCUCUUCAUUCAACUGAAUGAACUAUUGGGAAGCCCUCCAACCCAGGAAUGGAGAGAAACAGGCAGAUGGAUGUUGUUUGAAGAGAAGCUAGACCUAGAAGCGAGGCGUUGGAGCAGCCCCCAUGUGCCCACCUUAUCCCUGUCAAGCAUCUGGGAGCUUCGGGCCCUGCUGACCACAGGCCUGGUGCUCUUAGACUGUCCUGUACAAAGUAUCUCUGAACUCGCAGAACAGGUGACCAAGUUGGAAUCAUUGAACCCAGAAGUGAGAGAGAGGCUGAAAUCCAUCCUGCUCCAGAGACCUCAGCAUCACAUCCAGGCCAUGUGUUGGUCAGCUGCCAGGAGACUUGGUACAAGACUCUGUAGGGGUAGACAUUCUACUAAGAUGUUUUCUGCUGAAGAGCCACCCCUGAAGGAAGAGCUACAGAGCCCUCUAUGGCAGAAGCUGCCCCCUGCCACUGAGGCUGCAGCUGUGCUAGUUGGAGAAGUGGACUUCCUGGACCAGAGACUGGGAGCGUUUGUGCAACUUCGGGAGCCAGUGGUGCUGGGAACCUUGACAGAAGUACCCCUACCCAUCAGGUUUGUCUGCAUGGUCCUUGGUCCCCCAAUCCUGGGAAAAGACUAUCAUGAGAUGGGCAGAGCUGCAGCUGUACUCUUAAGUGACGAGGUGUUUCAUUGGUCAGUCUGCCAAGCUAGUGGUCCCCAAGACCUUAUCUCAGCAAUGGAUGCUUUCCUAGAAGAGGUGAUGGUGCUGCCCCCUGGCAGAAGUGACCCCACAGAACGGAUCCCUCCGCCAAAGUGCCUGUCUACUCUGCAUAAGAGACUUCCUUUACAGCUUCAGGAAUCCAAGAGCUCUUGCAACGGGAGUGUUAACUCUAAGAGGGGCAGACAUGGCUAUGAGUAUGAGCCCCAGCAUGCUAGUAAGGAGCUGAAGAGGACAGGAAGGCUGUUUGGGGGUUUGGUUCAGGAUGUAAGAAGGAAGGCCCCCUGGUACCUGAGUGACUUCUUGGAUGCCUUUGAUGCCCAGAGCCUUUCUGCUAUACUCUACAUCUAUCUGGCCACAAUCACCAAUGCUAUCACCUUCGGUGGACUACUGAGUGAUGCCACCGACAAUGCCCAGGGUGUGCUGGAGAGCUUCCUGGGUACCUCUGUGGCAGGGGCUAUCUUCUGCCUCUUUGCAGGACAGCCUCUUACCAUCCUCAGUAGCACAGGGCCUAUCCUUGUUUUUGAACGGAUACUCUUUUCUUUUAGCAGGAAUCAUGGCCUAGACUACCUACCCUUCCGCCUGUGGGUGGGGAUCUGGGUGGCAUUCUUCUGCCUGUUGCUGGUGGCUACAGAGGCCAGUGUCCUGGUACGUUAUUUUACCCGCUUCACAGAAGAAGGUUUCUGUGCCCUUAUCAGCCUUAUCUUCAUCUAUGAUGCCAUUGGCAAGAUGCUGAACCUUACAGAGGCCUUUCCUAUAUUCCAACCUGGCCCCUCUGGAGUUACUGGCUUCACUCUUUAUGGCUGCCUCUGUUAUUUCCCAGACCCAAAAGGGAAUAUGUCUUUGUGGAAGGAGCAGAGCCCAGAGGACAUGGAUGCUACUCUGGGGAUGGACCUACACCAUGUCAAUGUGUCUCUGCUGUCCCCACCCGAGUGUGCCUUUCAAGGAGGCCAGCCAAGAGGUCGUGGCUGUCACUUUGUCCCGGAUGUUGCCUUGUUUUCCCUCUUACUUUUCUUUGCCACCUUCCUUUGUGCUACCAUCCUCAAGCACUUCAAAUCCAGCCAUUUCUUCUCCUCCAUGCCCACUCAUCCUGGUCGGACCUGGCUAGUGCCAUUGUUUGGAACUAAUCCCUGGUGGUUGUGCCUAGCAACUGCACUGCCAGCCCUUCUGAUGUCUAUCCUUGUCUUCAUGGACCAGCAGAUAACUGCUGUCAUCCUCAACCGAAAGGAAUACCAUCUUCAGAAAGGCGCUGGAUUCCACUUAGACCUUUUCUGGGUGGCCAUGCUGAUGAUUCUGACCUCAGCCUUGGGGUUGCCCUGGUAUGUCUCCACCACUGUCAUCUCAUUGGCCCAUAUGGAUAGUCUCCGCCGGGAAAGUGAAGCCUUUGCUCCUGGGGAACUGCCCUGCUUCCUGGGCAUCAGGGAGCAGCGGCUCACAGGACUAGUGGUCUUCAUCCUUACUGGUUUAUCCAUCUUUCUGGCCCCUGUGCUCAAGUUUAUUCCCAUGCCAGUACUCUAUGGAAUCUUCUUUUAUAUGGGAAUGGCAGCACUAAGCAGCACCCAGUUUUCAGAACGUGUGAAGUUGCUGCUGAUGCCAGCAAAAUACCAGCCAGACCUGUUGCUUCUUCGGCAUGUGCCUCUCAGCCGAAUUCACCUCUUCACAACAGUACAGCUGAUCUGUUUGUGUCUACUCUGGGCAGUCAAGUCUACAGCAGCUGCUAUUGUGUUUCCCCUCAUGGUGACAGUGGGGUUGGGGGGGGGGGAGUUAAGGGGUCCCAGGGUUUGGAAGAGGGCAAUCUUCAUAAUCUAUAUAGUAUACGUGAGGUAUCUAUAGUUCCUUAAAAUAAAAGGGGAAAUCUACUUUCUUCUACUAACAUCUUAUGAAAUGGAAACUAUCUUCCAAAGUAACCCCCAGGUCAAAAUGUUUUGAGGUCUGGCUAUAUUGAAGUGGGGAUCAUUAAUCUGAACUGACUCUAGGAGGGUUCCCAAGGUAACCCUUAGAGAAAUCAGAGAGAAAAGAGAAAAAUUUGAUUUCAGUCACAUAGUGAAGUGGUAUCCAGAAUAGGAGGACAAUCCUUCUUCUAAUAUCCAGUAGCCCUCCCAAUCCUUCAUCAACAAGCAUAAAUCAAGCAGCUACUGUAUCCAAGCUAGUAGGUGGAGACACAUAUAUAAAAGUGCUACAGCCUCUGCCCUCAAGGAGCUGACAUUCUACUGAAAGGAUACAAAAUGUUCCCAGAUAAGUAAAUACUAAUGAAUGCAAAAUAAAUACAUAGGCUAUGGAAGAGAGGCAUUAAUAACAAGAGGAAUAAGGAAAAAAAAUUCUGGGGGCAGCUAGAUGGUUCAGUGGAUGAAGCGACAGGCCUGGAUGCAGGAAGUCCUACUCUUAAAUUUGGCCUUAGACACUUCCAAGUGUGACCCUGGGCAAGUCACUUAACCCAAAUGCCUAGCCCUUACUGCUCUUCUACCUAGGAGCUGAUAUUUAGUAUUGAUUGUCAAACAGAAAGUAAGGGUUUAAAAGGAAAGGACUUCUAAAGGAAGUAGCACUUGAGCUAAAUCUUAAAGGGAGCAAUGGUUUGGAGAAUUGGAGAUGAGGACAGAGAGCAUUCCAGGUGCCCCAGAGAUAGUCUGGGCAGAGGUAGGGAGGUGGAAGACUGAAUGUCAGAUAGGGGGUACAGCAAGUAAGCCAGCCUGGCAGGAGUAGAGUGCAAGAGGGAGAGAAAAGUGUGUAACCAACCUGGAAAGACAGGCUAGAGCCAGGUCAUGAAGGGCGGCUCCCUGACAGCCACUUUAUUCCUGGUACAGUUGCUGGGCCUUGUUGGGAUCCGGAAAGCCCUGGAUUGGGUCUUCUCACCACAGGAGUUAAGCUGGCUAGAUGACCCAGUGCCGGAGGAAAAUGAGAAGAAAGUCCAGGAAGAGAAGGUAUUGGAGCCAGAGUUCAAUCCCAAAGGGAUUGUAUGUGAGCCUGGACUGAGAUGAAGAACAACCAGGGAAGACAGUGGAUAUCUGUCCCUGAAAAGAGGAGCUUCUAUUCAGCCUCCAAUAAUACAAUAAUUCCAUUCUCCACUCUGUGCUAGAGGAAAAAAUAACAUAAAAGUUAGAAGUUAGAGUGACCCUUGGAGUCAGAAUGACUGGAAUUCAGGUGACUUAAAUGUCUUAGUUCCCCAGGUAACUAAGGUAUACAUUAGUGGAAGGAGCCCCAUUGCACUGAUGAAAUCACAGGUCCAGAUCCCCCUCAGAAAUCUCUGUGCUAAGUAAGAUGGAUGGGCAAAUGGACAAGUGUGUGUGUGGGGGGGGGGGGGGGCAUUCCCUAUAUCUAAGUGAUAGAGUAGGCAAACUGGAUUUUCUCCAGAGCCUUUAAGAAUCAUACCUUUCUUUCACUCUUCUCCCUAAAGUCUGAGUUGAUUUAUCAGCUGAGGGCUCCAGAAAUUAACAUCUCUGUAAAUUAGCCAGAGGAGGAAGAGGAGGAGGAGGAAGAAAUUCUCACAGCUAAACCUGAGGCACAUUUCUCAGAUACCAAGACAAUGCCUGCCUCUGUCUCAUCUGUUUGGCUGGGCAUUAUGUAUGGUGGCUUGGGCUGAAUUCCUUCGUUUGAGGCUCAGGAAGUGAGUGCUGGAGUGGGAAGGACCAGGAGCCAGUGGUGCUUCGGGAGACUAGAAUUCCUUCCAGUGAUCUGAGGCCUCAGCCAUUCUUCUGAUCUGUGCCUGAGCUGGAUGAGACUAGAAAGUUGGCUGUUUUGUCUACAGAAAUGUUGAACGGGCAAAAUUCCUGUCCAGGGAUUAUCAUUAAAAUGAAUAAAGUCCUCAAAGUAUUUCUUAA